CUGUGCAUUUGGUUUAAACCUUAUUCCUGAGCCUAUCCUUUCGAAAUUUUAUGUUCUUAAUUUUAAAAAUUCCGUUUUAAGAUAUGGCGACGAUGGGACGUCAUCUCUCACGAUCUCUCGUGUACCAGCUAAAGCAGCCCAGAUGGAACCGAUUGUUUUUAAAGUCACAUACUAAUUUGCAUUCCGUAUCCGUUUACCUCGGUCACCCACGAGUGCUUAGCAGCAAAUCCAAUGAAAACGAUGGAUGUGGUUACCGAAAGAAGCAAAAGAAGUCAAAUUGCAUAUCCUAUAAAAAGAAUCCCUGUAUCGAAGGAGAUAAGCCGCCCGAAAUGAAAAUUCCCCAACCAGCUGAUUGCCAGCUAAGGAUUCAAAAGCGAAGAAAAUUCAUGGAGGAGAAGAAGUGUAAGGAUCUGUCAAAAGAGGCUGAUUCCAAGUGCGAUGGUGGUCCAUGUUCGACUUACUCAAGAGCAGUUUUGAUCAAGGGAAGACGUAGAGUCCGGAUAUCUAUGUUCUGGGACAAAGUCAACGGAUGUCUGUUGUACCUUUCGCAGCUAAAACCAUCUGGAUCGGUCAUUUCUCCGGAUCCCAUAUACCUUAAUCACCAACGAUCUUUUUCCAAAAAGGUCAAAGAGGAUGAAUGUCAAAGCAAAAAGAGCGAAGAGGAUGAAUGUCAUGACAAAAAGGGCGAGGACGAGGACUGUGUUUUUGAGCCCUUGCCAAAACCAGAUCCUCCCAAAUGCUCAAGGAUAUGCAGGAAACGAAAGCACUUACUCGAACAGAAAAAAAAGGCAGCAGAAGCUGAAGGUCAGGCCGUUGUGCAAACGGAAUCAUCUGUUCCAAAUCUCGACGAAGUCGUUGAGGAGUUAAAGCACAGUUGCAUGUUAGCCUCUCAGAAGAAGGACUGCGAGCAAAAGCAAUACAAGGCCCUCUGCGAGGAAUUGAGGUCCUCAAAACAACAGAAUGAUCCCAAAUCCAUAGAUAGUCUAUUGAAUUGCAUGCUGGCUGGAAUAAGGAAAGCCUGCGCCGUUCACGCCCAGGAUAUGGUUUGCAAACAAAAGUACGCCAAGGAAAUCGCCGCUGCAGAGGCUGCCAAGAAGCAAAAGGAGAAAAAAGAGGGAAAGCCAAUGGAUUGUGAGAAGGUCGAAGAAGAAGUCGCAAACGGUAAAAUGAGUAAGGCCGAGAAGAAAAAGGCCCAAGAAGAAGCCGAGCUCAAGCGAAUACUUCAAGAAAUAAAAGCCAAGUGCAAAAAGCAGCGCGAGGAAGCCGAGCUUCAGAAGAAACGUGAAGAAGAAGAAAGCAUAAAGAAAUGUCAAGAAGCCGAGCGUAAGAAAAAAUGUGAAGAAGCAGCGGCCAAGAAGAAAUGCGAAGAAGCAGCCGCCAUCAAGAAAUGCGAAGAAGCCGAGCGUAAGAAGAAAUGUGAAGAGGCCGAGCGUAAAAAGAAAUGUGAAGAGGCCGAGCGUAAAAAGAAAUGUGAAGAGGCCGAGCGUAAAAAGAAAUGUGAGGAAGCAGCGGCCAAGAAGAAAUGUGAAGAAGCUGCGGCAAAAAAGAAAUGUGAAGGGGCAGCGGCCAAGAAGAAAUGUGAAGAGGCAGCGGCAAAGAAGAAAUGUGAUAAAGCAGCGCCCAAGAAUAAAUGCGAAGAAGCAGCGGCCCAGAAGAAAUGUGAAGAAGCUGCGGCAAAAAAGAAAUGUGAAGAAGCAGUAGCCAAAAAGAAAUGUGAAGAAGCGGCGGCCAAGAAGAAAUGUGAAGAAGCAGCGGCCAAGAAGAAAUGUGAAGAAGCAGCGGCAAAUAAGAAAUGCGAAGAAGCAGCAGCCAAGAAGAAAUGUGAAGAGGCAGCGGCCAAGAAGAAAUGUGAAGAAGCUAAAAUAAAGAAGAAAUGCCAAGAAGCCGCACAAAAGAAAAAGUGUGAAGAAGCUAACAAGAAAAAGAAAUGUGAAGAAGCCGAGAAAAAGAAAAAAUGUGAAGAGGCUGAGAUAAAGAAAAAAUGUGUGGAAGCCGAAGAAAAGAAAAAAUGUGAGGAAGCCGAAAAAAAGAAAAAAUGUGAUGAAGCCGAGAAAAAGAAAAAAUGUGAAGUGGCCGAGUUUAAGCAAAAAUGUGCUGAUCUGAGUAAAAAAAAUAAGGAUGGCAAUUGCGAGGCAAAUGACGACAAAUAGGGGAAAAUUCCUGGUAAAUCCUUUCAAAAAGUGAAAGCUUACGAAGAUGUGAGAGAUGGUGUCCCAGGAUGAAGGCGUGUUCAUGGCUUUGUUCUAAUUUUAUUAUUUACUACACCAGAAUAUAUAAAGUUCCAUACGAAAACUAAACAAGUAAUCUAAAAGUGCGGGAAACAGUGAAACAAAAAAGCAUCAAGAACUCGCCAUACUAAAAUAAAAUCAAAAACGUA